GUACACGUGCUCCUCUCUCUCUCUCUCCUCUUUUCAUCUUCUUUGCUUCCUGCAUGGAUUUCUCCUCCAAAUACAGUGUAUGCAUAAAUGUAUAGAGAGAGAAAGUAAGAGAGAUGAGAGAGAGUAAACCUCUCUCACUUUUUGAUUUUUCUUGUUUGGCUUGUUCAUUGCCAUCAUUAGCAACAAAGGUAACACACCCAUCUCUUCAAAUUUGAUCGUUUCUUCAAACUUCAACUACCCAACAGCUACUAGUAGUGAGUGAGAAAGAGAAAUACAAAACAAAGUCACUCAACAUCUUCACCACUCUUCUCUUCCUUUGCUUCUUCUCUAAUCUCUACCUCAAAUCUUGAAUUUUCAAUGAAAUCUGAGAUGGGUAUCUCAGAAAACUUUCGAUCCACUCGAAUUUUCUCUUCAGAUUUUAACUUUUAAUCCAGUUUCUUGAUCUGGGUUCUUGUAUUUUCUUUAUAUUCCUCUGUUUCCUUAUCAUUUUGGGGUCAUAAAGUGUGAAUGAGAUCACAAUUGUGACAUCUUUUCAAAUUUUGUGAUCAGAUUUGAACUUUUCUUUUACUCCUCCUGAUUGAUCUUUGUUUCUCUGUUGAAUUGUAUUUCUUGAUGAGAUUAAAUCCUGACAACUUUUCAAAUUCUGUGAUCAGAUUUGAACUUUCUUUUACUUCUUCUAUCUCUGCUUCUCUAUUUCUAAUCAAUGGAAGAAGAUCAAGAGCUUAAACAUGUGUGCAAAUUGUGUAACAAGAGCUUCCCCUGUGGUAGAUCCUUGGGGGGUCACAUGAGGUCUCAUGUGAUAAACUCAGCUGAAACAGACAAAAAGCUCAACAAAAGCAAGCUCUCAUCAGUCAACAAUGGCGGAGGAGCUAUUGGUACUCCUGUUAGUUAUGGCCUCAGAGACAACCCCAAGAAAACUGGUAGAUUUGCAGAUUCAAAUGAAAAAACUAAUUUGUUGCUACAUGACAAGGUCUGCAAAGAAUGUGGUAAAGGUUUUCAAUCAUGGAAAGCCUUGUUUGGCCACAUGAAGUGUCACUCUGAGAGAAUUUCAAGCACUGUGGAGGAAGAUUCUUGGACCAGUGCUGCUAACAAUGAAUCGACAGUGGCGGCUCCUAAUAGGAAGAAGAGAUCAAGGAGAGUGACAAGGUAUAUCGCCACUGAAACUUCUUCUUUGUCUAUUGCUAAUAAUAAUAAUAAUGGGUCAUCAUGUGUUUGUGAGAAUGUGCAAGAGCAAGAAGAGGUUGCUAUGUGUUUGAUUAUGCUUUCUAGGGAUGUGGGUAAUAAGGGUAGUGGUUUGAAUUAUGUUGCUGAGUCUUCUGAUGAAGUUGGAUCAUCUAUUAGAAGCAAUGGAAUUGCUAAGAAUUCUUGGUCUGAUGGUAGUGAGGCUGUGAAGUUUAAGAAGCUGAGAAAUGGAAAGUUAGAGCCUGCUAUUUUGGGCUCUGAGAAUUCACACUUUGUCACUAAACAAUCAGAAUUUGGUCCUUCUGGGGUUUCAAGAAAUGGGUCUAAAUCUAAACUAAAAAUUUCAGAUGUUUGUGUUGAUGGGUCUGGAAAUGACAAAACCAAGAAGCCUAAAGUGGAAGAUGGGACUGAAUUGGGGGAGAAUGUGAUGAAGAAAUUGAAUUCCAAGAAGAGCAAGAAGCAGUGGCUCAAUCUGUUGAAUCCUGAAUUGGGUGAUGUUUGGGAAACAGAAAAGGACAAGGCUUUGGAAAAUAAAAGCAAAUUUGAGUGUACUACAUGUAACAAGACUUUCCACUCAUACCAAGCUCUGGGAGGUCACAGAGCCAGCCACAAGAAGAUCAAAGGCUGCUUUGCUUCGAAAAUCGACAGCGGCGAGAACAGCAUUGAAGAAACAGAGAUCUCACCAGACCCAACUGUUGAUGCUAAGCUGAUCAAAGUCCUAAAAAAUGAGGACCCAAUAGAGACAAGUCCUGUGACAAAGAAGAACAAGGGACAUGAAUGCCCAUUUUGCUUCAAAGUUUUCUCAUCAGGCCAAGCUUUGGGGGGUCACAAGAGAUCACACUUAGUUGGAAGCAACCAAAGUACUGUAAUUCAGAAACCUGUACCAGAGAUUCGAGACGUUCUUGAUCUGAAUUUGCCUGCUCCAGUUGAAGAAGAGAGCAGUACUGAGCAAGUUGGGUUCAAACCAUGGUGGUUUGAAAUUGCAAGAAAUCACAAGCAUGAGCCUCUGUUUGGUUUGAUCUCUUAACUGAUCAACCUAGCCCUAGCCUUGGUUUUUCAUCAAAGAUUUGAUCAGGAGUGUACAGAUUCAUUAAUUCUUUACAUAAAUUGAGUGUUUUCCCAGGCACCAAUUCCAUUUGCUGCUUGCAGCUUGUAAGUAGCAGCCACUCUUCAACUUCAAGAGUUAUUUACACAAGUUUUUGCUUGUUUUUUAAGUGUUUGUUAAGAGAAUAAUUUUAACUUUGUGAAAUUUAAGCUCAUUAAUAUGAUUUUAUCUCAAAACUCUGUUACUGUGAUUGAA